CCUUGGUCGUUCCCCUUCCUUCCACUCCUCUCCGGAGGUCGCCCCCGGAUCCGUACGCGCGUCCUCCUUCCCGAACGCGAGGGUAUUUUCGCCGGGAUCUCCCACGCCGGAAGUGGCGAGAUUCGCCGGGCCAGACCAGAUCCGGUGGCCUGCCCCGACGAGCAGUGUGUUCGCGCGCGGAUCUGCCGUGGAACGGCGGAGCCAAGUGUGGAGGUGACGACGACGUCCGCUGUGGGGGUUCUGCUCUGCUCUUCGGCUGCAGAUCUGGAAGGGCUCUGCGAGAUCAGCCGCCGCAAACUGCCUGAGUUGUAUUGGAAAGUGUUCACCUUUCACACCCUGCACCAUCACCGCCACUGUAACUGGCGAUGGAGGCUCUUAUGGUUAUCUCGGAGCAGCGCAACCACCCUCACCACCGCCGCUCUGGCGGCCGAAGCAAGUCAUUGGGACCUCACCUCACAUCGCCGCCAUCCUCCGGAGGCUUUCGUGGCAUGAACUGCCGGUCUUUCCAUAACGGUGCUUGCGUGGGUCUCCUCCCUUCACCACCACGGCCGCCCACCCGCACCUACUCAUCCCCAGAUCCCAAGACUCCAAAGCAACAGCAACUGAGCCAUAGCUGCAAGCGCAGCCGGCCCAUCUCCAUUAGCCCCUCCACUUCUCCUCCCUCCCGACCCGAGUUGUGGGCAGGUCCGGCUUUCUCCAACUCGCCACCCCCCAGUUCGCUACCUAUCCCCAAAUUCUCCCUCCGCCAGAAGCGCAGCAUCUCUCUUGAGCUGCCACCAGUGGAGCGCUCUGAUGAUGUGGAGGUCAGGCAGCAUGCUAAAUCAGCCCCUUCAUCCCCAGUUGGGGGAUCAGGGUAUGACUUCUUCAACAAUAAUGAAACUGCUAUAGCUACGGAGAAUCUUAGGAGGAUUCUCCAAUUGGGUAUAGCAGACCAUUGAAUGAUGGGAGGAUGGAAGGGUGGUUCCUGUGUACAUAGGCUAUCUUCUGCUGACUUAGCUUUUCCACUUGCAUAGUAGUGUAUAGGGUAAUUGUUAUAUAUACUUGGCGGUUGUAAGAUACAGUCAAGAUCAUGGUGGAGGUGGAGUUUUGUAGGUGAAGCGUCUUCAGAAGGUUAGACACUGGAAAGUGAAACUGCCGUGUUGGGUGUUGUGAAGGCGGAUACUGGGUUAAGAAUGGGGUGGACGGCAGUUGAUGGCACACCUUUGUAGCUUGUAUUCACCUAUAUACCUCCUGUGUUUUUUAGGUCUAGGUUUUAAGCCUUCUAGAAUUGCAUCAUUUGCAUCCAUGGCACCUGUUCUGAACUGAAAAUGGCACUCUGCCAAGGCAGCAACCUCAUUUACUGCUGCAAUUGGUUCAUACCUGGGUGAAUAGAGUACCAUUGCAUUUGUACUUUGUAGGGUACCUGCAUUUCUUGCAUCUUGCAUAUCAUUGCAUACUUAUUUUCUUCUAUCCUCCAGUUAACUGAUAUCCAGUGUAAUUAUCAUGACUUCCCUGGUGUCCUGCAAAGAACACUGAUAUCGCCGCACUGGCUCUUCCGUUUUUUUGUAAGGAAGAAGCUGGGUGGAAGAUGGCAGAAGUCCUGUACUCUCUACUAACUUCCCUAUUUCCCCCCGCUUGUUGCAUAUCUAGCAUGCCAUAUCCUCUGCAUCUCCAUACAUUGUAGGUUUAUCUAGUGUCCCUGCAUAAGUUGCAACUAUCAAUCCAUUAGUCAGUUGCAUGCUCGUUCAUUCCCACUCCUAGUUCAUGAAGUACUUUUAGGAGUUCUGAUUGUCUUCAAGCCUCGAAAGAUCCUGAUAGAGUUAGACCCUGGAGACCUGCACAACACACAAACCCUGACGAGGUUUGGCUGUGCAUCGUUCUACCCUGUGUUCAAGUUACACAAUGUCUUAGUUUCUGCGUACUGUUAAGUGCUUGUUCAGUCUUCUAGUUUUAGCACUAGCAGUGAAGCAGCAGCAUAUGAUAAACUACUAGUUGGCUGUAAUGCCAAGCUUGGCUAGUUGUCUCGGUUGAUGUUGUGGUGUUAUCAGCAGAAUGCUAUUAUGUUUUGUGUUAAUUUUCAGUGAUAAUGGUUCUAUAUCAUGGACUCGUUCAUGAUGUUGUAAUUAAAAACUCUGCUGCUCAGAGCCAAGUUGUAUCAGGUUUACUUCGCUUAGUUUAUCAGCACCUGUUUGUCUC